ACAGAACGACGCCGUGUUGGAGACAUGUCUCUGUAAAUUCAGAGACAGACGGAGAGAGGGAGAGAGACUCAGAGAGACAGAGAGAGAGAGAGAGAGAGAGAGAAAGAGAGAAUGGGGAGCAAAGAAGUAGAAGAAGAAGAAGAAGACGAGGGGCCUCCGCCAGGUUGGCAGUCCAUCCCUCCCCCUUCUUCACAACCACCACCAGCGCCACCUUCUGAAAUGGCUCAAAUGGUCUGUGGUUCUUGCCGUCGCCUGCUGAAGUAUCCUCGUGGAGCCAGACAUAUUGAAUGCUCAUGCUGCCACACAGUCAACUUUGUAUUAGAAGCUCAGGAGGUAGGGCAAGUUAGGUGUGGCAGCUGUGAAGUGUUGCUGAUGUACCCAUACGGAGCAUCAUCAGUCAAGUGUUCCUCUUGCCAUUUUGUGACAGAAAUUGGGGAGCACAAUAGGCGACCUCCAUGGUCUGCACAGCAAGGGCAACGUCCUCCUGCUUCCAACCCUGUUCAUUAAACAACUUACAUUCAUUCCUGUUAGGGAUGUUAGCUGGGGUGUCCUUUCUAUUAACUUCAACGUUUUUUUUUUUUUUUUUGGCUUUUUCUCUAUUUGUUUUUUCGUAUAAUUGUUACUUUAUAUGUAUUUUCUUAGAAUAUUGAUUGAAAAAAUAGAUUUUCUUGAUAAA